GGUGGAGCUACAUCCACUGCUCCUGGGACACGCGCGAAACGCUGUCGCAGCUGGGCGGCUACAAGCGCCUCGUCAACUACAUGAAGCGCACCGACGAGCAGCAGGCGGCGCGCAAGUUUUUGGCGCCGGAGGAGGCGGAGCUGCAGGAUGUGGAGCGGCAGAUGGAGGAGGAGCUGGUGCAGCAGCACAUGCACGUGGAGCGAGUCAUCGCCCAGCGCACAGAGCCGGACGGCACCCCCCGCUACCUCGUCAAGUGGAAGGGGCUGCCAUACGGGGAGUGCACCUGGGAGAACUUCCAGGACAUCUUCAAAGCUGAGGGCCAGCACUGCGUGGACCAGUAUCAGGAGCGGGAGGCGCGGCUGAUAGAGGGUGUGCGCGGGCUGGAGGCGCAGCGGCGCGCGAGCGAGGGGCAACGGGCGCUGCUGACGCAGCCCGACUUCCUGCGCGCUGGGCAGCUGCGCGACUACCAGCUGGAGGGCCUCAACUGGCUCAUCUACUCCUGGAUGCAGAACAACAACUGCAUCCUCGCCGACGAGAUGGGCCUCGGCAAGACGAUCCAGUGUGUCUCCUUCAUCGGAUACCUCUCGCUGUGGCAGCAGAUAGCGGGCCCCUACCUGGUGGUGGUGCCGCUGUCAACGGUGCCCAACUGGAUCCGGGAGUUCCGCAAGUGGCUGCCCCAGUGCAACGCUCUCGUCUACGUCGGUGACUCCAAGUCCCGCGAGGUGAUCCGAGCGUUUGAGUUCUACACUGGGAAGCGCAGUGGGCGAAUGUACAAGUUUGACGUGCUGAUCACCACCUUUGAGCUGGUGCUCAAGGACGCGGCCGUGCUGAGCGAGAUCAAGUGGUCCUACUUGGUCGUGGACGAGGCUCACCGAUUGAAAAACAACGAAUCCGCCCUCUACCGGGAGCUGGCCACCUGGCAGUUCAAAAACAAGCUGCUGGUGACGGGCACGCCGCUGCAGAACAGCAUGAAGGAGCUGUGGGCGCUGCUGCACUUCCUGGAGCCCAGUAAGUUCCCCAACGCCGAAGACUUUGACGCCCGCCACUCCCUGAAGAAGGCCGAGGAGUUGACGCAGCUGCAUACAGAGCUGCGGCCGCACCUGCUGCGGCGAGUGAUCAAGGAUGUGGAGAAGAGCCUGCCGCCGAAGAAUGAGCGCAUUCUGCGCGUGGCCAUGUCCCCGCUGCAGAAGCAGUACUACAAGUGGAUCCUCACGCGCAACUUCAAGGAGCUCAAUAAGGGCACCAAGGGGGGCGGCCAGAUCAGCCUGCUGAACAUCAUCACGGAGCUGAAGAAGUGCUGCAACCACCCCUUCCUCUUUGAGAGCGCGGAGAGCGACUUCCGCGGGUCCAACGACGACAGCAAGGCCGUUGACCGCCUGACCGUGUCCGCCGGCAAGAUGGUGCUCCUCGACAAGCUCAUGCGCCGCCUCAAGGAGACCGGCCACAGGGUGUUGAUAUUCAGCCAGAUGGUGCGCAUGCUGGACAUCAUCAGCGACUACAUGCGCCUGCGCGGCUUCCAGCACCAGCGCCUAGACGGCUCCACACCCGCCGCCCAGCGCCACCAGGCAAUGGAGCACUUCAACGCGCCGGGGUCGACGGACUUUGCGUUUCUGCUGAGCACGCGUGCGGGCGGCCUGGGCAUCAACCUGGCCACGGCGGACACCGUCAUCAUCUUCGACUCUGACUGGAACCCCCAGAACGACCUGCAGGCCAUGUCGCGCGCCCACCGCAUCGGCCAGACCGAAACCGUCAAUAUCUACAGGUUCCUGACGAGCGGGAGUGUGGAGGAGGACAUAUUGGAGCGCGCAAAGCAGAAGAUGGUGCUGGACCACCUGGUGAUUCAGCGCAUGGACACCUCUGGCCGCACCGUGCUCGACCCGCGCUCAGCCGCCGCCUCCGCCAAGCAGAUGUUUGGCAAGGACGAGCUCACCGCCAUCCUGCGCUUCGGCGCCGAGGAGCUCUUCAAGGCAAGCACGCUGCCUGCCCUAAUUAAAUGCUUUACAACCUGCGUCAAAGAGGAUGAGGGCACCAAGGAGGCAAAGAACCACCAGCUGCUGACUGAGGACAUUGACAGCAUCCUGGCUCGCGCUGAGGUGGUAAAUGAGACGGAUGCGACGCAUGCGGAUGCCGGGGGCGAGCUGCUGAACGCGUUCAACGUGGCAACGUUUAAGAACGAGGAGGAUGACGCCGUCUUCUGGAACCGCCUCAUCCCCACCAAGGAGCGCGCCCCCAGCGAGGAGGAGCCCGAGCAGCUAGGCAUCCGCGCAGCACGCCUCAAAACCUACGACGACGGCGGGAGGAGGGCGCAGCAGGAGGGCCUGGCGAACGGCAAGGCAAAGAAGGGCAAGGGCAAGCGGGCGGCCAAGGGCGCCGGCACGCGUCGGCGCGGCGGCGUGGAUGCGGCCGUCGCGUCAGAGGCCGGGCCGCCCGUCGCUGGCGCCAUUCUGCGCGUCGACCUGUGGCCCGCCGACUCCGGUUCUGCUGCCAACGCCACCCCAGAGCCGGCAAGUCCACCUGGCACUAGAGCCUCUCAAGAGGAUGACUGGCCCAGGGCGCUGAACAGGCGGGAGGCCACGGCGUUUGUGCGCGGCGUUAAGCAGUACGGCCUCGAGGCGCGCCUGCCUGAAAUCGCGGCCGAGGUCGGCCCUACCCUCGAUAACGCGCCGCCCGCCGCCCAGCGGGCGCUGUGGGCGGGCUUUGUGCGCGCGUGCGAGCGGGUGGAGCGUGAUGCGGCGAUGGCCGGCGAGGACCCCAACGCGGCCGUGCUCGACUGGUUUGGCGUCUCCGUCAAAGCCUCUGAGAUCCCCGCUCACCUCCAGCGCAUGAAGACCCUUGCACGCAAGAUUGAGGCGGUGGGGCCGGAGCCGCACAAGGUGUUCCGGCUGGAUGCAGUGGCGGUGACGCUGCCCAAGUGGGCGCGCAUGUGCGACUGGACGCCCCACGACGAUGCCAUGCUCCUCCUCGGCAUCUACUGGCAUGGGCUGGGGCACUGGGACCAGUUGGCGGGUGACCUGCGCCUGGGCCUGGGCGCCAAGCUGGAGGCCGCCGCCACCGAGAAGCGCGGCAAAAACUACGAGGCGCCUGAGGACCACAAGCUGCUACCCAAGGGGUCGCAGCUGGAGACGCGCGCGGCGGCGAUGCUGAAGAAGCUGCAGACGACCAAUCAGCAGCCGCUGGUGUUCGGCGGCCGGGGCCGCACCGGCCGCGUCCCCAGCGCGCGCACGCCAUCGCGCAGCGCCGCGGCCGCCAUCGCCGACAGCCUCGGCCCGGCGCCCAAGAGGCGCGGCCAGGCCCACCACGGGGCAGGAGACGCCGUUGAACGCAUGCGCAGCCACUCUGAGGCCUCCACCCCCUCCAAGAAGUGGGAGGGCAUGCUGGGCGAGGAAGUGAUGCUGCACGUGAAGAAGCUGCGGCUGCUGCAGAAGCGCGGCGACGACAUCCCCAAGGACAAGGCGAUUGAGAAGACGCGCAAGUACCUGACUGUGUUUGUGGCGCGGUUCACGGAGAACAACUUGGACGGGGAGAAUUUGGCGCGCAUCUACAGCCGCGUCAGCAAGGGCCACAGCGCGCGUGAUGCGGCGGUCGACCGCGACACCGCACCGGCCGGGCCGUCCCGCGGCGCCGAGGCGGCCGACGACGAUGACUACGGCGCGGCCGCCGACGGCCGCAGGCGCUCCUUCUCCGAGGCAGGCGCUGACGAUCGGCAACAGCAGUGGGAGGAGGACGGCGGUUACUACCAGGAGCACUCCCCAAAAGGACGCCACCACCACCAGUCUUCCAGGCGAGACUGGGACAGGGAGCGGCAGCGUGGAUGGGACUAG